AUGAGAGCAGCUGAAACAUCAUUCCAUCGGACCCUUGCAAUGGUCUUGUGCAUGUCAAGAUGCCACCAAGCAGCCCGAAUAUGUCAUACAGUUCUCUUGUUGACAACAUUUUCCUUGUUACAGAUUGGGGAGGCAUGGCUAGGUCGGCUAGGUUGGCAAUUGCAGCCGCCGACUUGCUGGAAACAGACACUUAAGCAGAGCGGUUCAAGAAGCCUUGAGAAGUUCAGCACAUCCCUGUCUUUGAAAGUUUAUCGACUUGUUUCUCACAUGGACUUGCCAUACCUGCGCGCACUUGGCUUGCCUAUUUGUCAGAACCAUUUAGAAGAGACUCCGUCGGCUUCGACCCUCCAGGGAUGGACACGAUUGCAAGAACAGAUGCGUGCUCAGUUGAAAGAUGUGGACGACCCGAAUUGGGGGCGCCCGCAAUCCUACAGAAUUGGAGGUUUGGACAUUAGCUUUGAAAAUGGUACGAACAGAGCUACCGCCGUAUUGGUCGUUUGCGAGCUCACUGGCACAUCGCUGAUUCAGAUUUAUGAAGAUGCAGUGGAUGUAGACAUGAACUUGCCAUAUGUUUCUGGUUUUUUGUUUGUCCGGGAACUUCCAGCAUAUGAAGUCUUGCUGCAGCGAUUGAGGGAAAGCGCUCCAAAAAUUGAACCUGAUGUUUUCCUUGUUGAUGGCUCUGGAAAGUUCCACCCUCGUGAGUGUGGUUCGGCGUCUCAUUUUGGCAUUUUGCACAAUCUGCGGACGAUUGGAGUUGCCAAAAAGCUGCUGUGCUUCGAAGACUUUGACAAGCGAGCUGGUGAACAGGUUGAGCAGCAGAUUCUACCAAACUUUGGUGACGAUGUUCCAUUGAUAGGUUCGUCUGGACGUGUUUAUGGACUUGCGCUUCGCACCGCGCAUCCCGGCAAGAAGGAGGAUGCGAGUUCACGACGCAUAUAUGUGUCCAUAGGGCAUCGUUUUUCAUUGGAUACAGCGAAGCAGGUUAUUCUGAAAUGCUGUGAUGUUGGAGGCUCUUACAUUCCAGAACCAAUAAGGCUUGCAGACCUUACAGGCCGAGCAAUUGAGCGAGCGUGGAAACAAAUGCAGUCAACAACGGACUUAGACGUCCCCAGACUUCGACAAAUGGCCAUGGAUAUAUCUAACCUUUUGGACAACAAGCAGCGCAAGACUCUAUCAGGAAUGCUGGAGGAAGCCAAACUAGAUCCCCGAGAGCGGCUGACUAACGUUCAACCACAGCACCUGAAGCGAAAGCAGUCGACUAUCGAAGAUUUGUUCUUGCCACUGCAGGACAUGUGCCCUGAUGCCGAAAUCAGUGCUGUGCUGGCAGCCCUUCGGAUGGAGAAGCCCUGGGCCUUGGCUGUUCUCAAAGAGCCAUUGCGCAAUCAACCGGCAGGGAGGGCCAUGCGGCCAGCUGUGUUAGACGCUUCGAGCCGCUAG